CACUUCGUGGACAUGGAGCUUACCCGCCCCGUGCCCACGGGACGCGCCUGCGACUCGGCCAACGUGUCCCAGGAGGUGCCCAUGCUGCUGCCAGAGUUCGCCAUCGGCCCCGUGCAAGCGAGCCACUCGAGAGAGUUCGCAAAGAUAGCAGGAUCCGAGAUCGCCCAGGCUCCCACGCGGAGGGUGACCCAGCUGCUGGCGCUGACUGCUCUGGACGUAUUCGCCGACCCCCAGCUGUUGCCGAAGGCGCGAAAGGACCUCAAGGAAUGGAAGGCGGCCAGGCAGCCGCCCUGCACCUGCCCCAGUGGGGAGGACUGUAGCUUGAAGGCUAACUGAAGGACA